CCUUAAAAGAAACGGUCAAACUCCAAAAGCUACGGUUCACGUGUAGUAAUAAAAAUCUCAUCUCUCUCUCUCAUCGGCCGCCAAAUGUGGAUUCAAAGCAUCAGUUACCGAACUUACAGUUAGCUAAACUUCAGGAGGGAAAGAAACAGAACAAAUCUUAAAGUUCCCAAAACGCACACAUUAACGGAGGAAAAAAAUAACAGAUAAACAGAUCACGUACUUAUUCUUCUUAUUUUUGUUGUUUCUUUUUUUAAAAAAAAGAUCCAUUUUUUUAACAAAUAUGGCACAAGCCCAAGCUGAGGAAAAGCCUGACGAAGAACCCCACGACAGAUUUCAAAUGAAAGAUCAUCAAUCCAUUUCCAUGGCUCCUGCAAAACCAACAACCAGUUGUAGUUCUCCCAUUUCCAUGGCCGCUGCGAAACAGACGAUGGGUUGCGGUAGUGGUACUACUAGUGGCAGUAACAACCAUGGCAAUGGUGUAGCGUUCAAAUUCAAUGCACACGCGCCGGAGUUCGUGCCGAAAUCGCAUACCCAAAUUCCCAUCUCGGGUUAUUAUUACCCUUGUUUCCAUUACCUCGGUGGUGGUGGUGGUGCCGCCGCCGCCGCCUCUGAUUGGUUCUUCCUUGGUGACCAAGAACCCUCUACUUAUUUGAACUCUAACCCUAGUCUCUCAAUCCCUAAUUGUUCUUCCAAGACUGUUCUCACUGACGAUCUCCGCCAAAAGAUCAUCAAACAGGUGGAAUACCAGUUCAGUGACAUGAGUCUGAUAGCGAAUGAAUCAUUGUCGAAGCAAAUAAGUAAAGAUCCUGAAGGUUAUGUGCCUAUAUCUUUUAUUGCUUCAACAAAGAAAAUCAAGUCCCUCAUCACCAACCACCAGUUGCUGGCCCAAGCACUUCGCUCCUCCUUAAAGCUUGUUGUGAGUGAUGAUGGCAAGAAGGUUCGUCGUAAGCACCUGUUCACCGAAAAAGAACGAGAACAAGUGCAGGUACGACAGGGGGAUUUUGUCCCUUUUUUUUUUUUGGUAUGGUGCAAGUUGCAAUCUACUUUUUCCUUUGUUUUGCAGUCUCGUACUGUUGUUGUAGAGAAUUUGCCUGAAGAUCACUCUCAUCUGAACCUUGACAAAAUCUUUAAUGUUGUUGGGAGUGUGAAGAACAUCAGAAUAUGUCAUCCCCAGGAACCCAAUUCUUCUCGUUCGAAGAAUGACUAUUUUAUGUCUAACAAGCUACAUGCACUUGUGGAAUACGAGUCGACAAAGUUUGCUGAUAAGGCGGUUGAGAAGCUAAACGAUGAAAGGAAUUGGCGAAAGGGGCUCCGAGUAAGGCUGCUGCUUAGACUCUCGCCUAAAUCGGUUCUGAAAACCCGAAAAUCAGAAUUCGAUGGUAUACUAGACGACGAAGAUUCACCCCAUGCUGAACACUCCGAAGGUUCUUCUCCACCAAAUGCUGAAUCAAUUGAUAAUAAUGCUGAAGAUAGUGCGAUGGGAUUGAAGAAGGGAUGGUCUAAAUCACGAGGGAAACUUUGGGGGUGUGCCCAAAACCAAACCGGACGUGGCCUGCUUUCUGGAUCUCCUCAACCUAGUAAUGCAGUCCAAUGUGAAGCAUCGAUGAAACAGAUGUUGAAGGGCCCGAGAAUGCCAGAUGGAACCAGGGGUUUCACCAUGGGACGAGGCAAGCUGUUGAGUUCACCAUUGGAGGGAUGGUGAAUUUGCACAAUUUUUUUCCAUGUCUGCUAUCUGAUAUUAACCAAAUACUACUGAAAAUAGGCUCUCUGCAUUUUUCCUGAAAGCAGCACGAAAUGAUCAAGUAGCUAAGCAUGGUAUUUUGCCUAUAUAGAGUUUAGUACUGCUUCAUAGCUAUUUGAUGGUCAUUUCCUUUUGGCACACCAAUUUUUCUGGGUUUCUGUUGAGUAUAAUGCUUUGGAUUCAUCAGCUUUCUGCUUUGAAUUCAUCAGCUUUCUGCUUUGAAUUGUGUAAUGUAUCCGAAUAAUCCAAUCGAAUCGUUACAUCU